UAAAUUAUAUUUGUUGUCAGCAGAAGACAGGCAAACUCACAUUGAUUAGGAAUAUUUCGGUCAGCUCAAUUGAAUUUCAUCAGCUACACACCAUUUCCCGGGCUCUCAUCCAUGUCCACAUUUAAAUAAUAUGCUGACCAUAAUAUUCUAAGAGAAUUUUGAUACCAAAAAAAUGGAACAACAACAACAGGUGCUUAAACGUUUACAACGCAUAUUUGAUAUUUUCCUUCAGGAAAAUUUUACCCCCACAAACAAUGUUUACUUUGAAAAGCUCAUAACACACUUAUCGGAAAAAGACAAUUUGUAUGUGUUGCAAGCACCAUUUGCCAUAGAAUGGGUGGACAAGUGUAUGGCCAUAUUGACGGAGGAUUUUGGUAAGAUCAAUCCGAAGGUGACAUCGUUCAUGUUGAACUUUUGCAGUCUAAUGUCAAAAAAUGAAUGGGUGCUGGUGAUGUUGCGCGAAAGGCAGAUAAUGGACAAGGCUCUUUUCAUUAUUGAGACAAGUAAGAAUCGCUUUAAUCCCUCCAUUAAACUGGGCUGUACCCGCCUGUUGGCCUCGAUAUCACGUUACAGCAUGGGCAUGGCAUACAUUCGUCACAAAAAGUGCUGGCAAUAUUUGUUGGAGCUUUGCAAUCGUGAUCACACCCUGUAUGUGGUGAGAGAAGCCCGCCAUUUACUCUAUUCAAUUAUCUACACUUUCUCGGUAAAGGCCAAAGAUGAACAAGCGGUAUUGGAGAUAUUACAUGAGAUAGUGAGGCCAAUACAAGAGAAUGUCUUCAAGGUGGGAACGGAGAGUAUAAUGGUAAAUGUUGAUGACUCCGAAUUGCAACACAAAAUGUCCUCCACACUGGAUUUGUUGUCGUAUUUGUUCGAACAAACGCUGGAGUCCGAGGAGAAAACCAAUAUUGCAAAUGUAUGUCAAACUCAUCACAAUUUAGAGCUGACCAUAUGGAAGCUGGUGGAGAUGACACAGAACACUUCAUUCCUGUAUAAAAUCCUUCACACCCUGACAAGCCUGAAUUUUGCCACAUUGGUACAGGAUCAGUGGGAUGAGGGAACGAUAACACCGGAACACUUUAAUCGUUUCGGUUUGAAUUUCUAUAAUACCAUGAAAUUCUGUGUGACUCGGACCAAAUUGUUAAAUUGCAUUAAAAUAGCGGAACUCUAUCAUGUGUUGUGGAAGAAGCUGGGCAGUCGUGCCCCAACGGAAAUACAAAUCGAAACUGAGAGAGUUAAAUUUGAAAAUCAAUUGAUAACAUUUCAGUUAAUGCCUUUGUUGUUUCUGCUACGUUCCGGCAGCCUUCGUAAGGAGGAACUUUUCGAUAAUUAUCUCAUGAAAUUGUUUGAAAUAUCCUGUGAGCACACCCUGCGCAUAUGCUAUAGGUUUCGUGAUGCCAUUAUACCCUCGGAAAAUUCAUCGCUGGUGUUUGUGGCCGAUUUGGCCUAUAAGGCCAUACAUGGCAUCUUGUCAAUGCAGAACAUCUUGGAACGGGAACAGGCCAUAUUGGUGUUCCAGGCCAUGAUAUAUGCCAUGAAAGAGUUUAUCGGUGAUUCGAAUACAAUGUACAGUGAGGAGAGGAAACCUGAAUAUGGUAGCCCACCAAUCUCGGACACAUUUCCCAAUUGGGUGGGCCUGGAAUUCAUGGUGACAAUACCGAAUGUUUUGAAUGCCAUCCUUAGUGGUUUGCAGACGCUAAUCAAGCGUUACCGAAUAUCCUGGAAGGAGAGCAUUGAAACAACCUGUGUCGUCAAUAUGGUAGCUGUGAUAUUGGAAAAUCCAAAUUUAACUGAAGCUUCUACCGUACAAGCCCUGAAGCUAAUACAACUUUCCAUAGAGCAUUUCCUAUCACCCAAUAUGGCCUUGUUGGUGGAUAAUCUGCAGGGCUCGGGUUUGGUGUGUUUGGGUCCAAUUAUUGUGAAACGAUUUCAUGACAUUUCCUGGGAAGUAAGAGACAGUACGUUGGAGUUGACCACGUCCAUUGCAAGCAUUAGCAGAGUUAAAUUUCCAGCAUUCCAGAAUUUCCUCUAUGAGGCCAAAAUGUGUCCCAUUAUCCUGCAAAUGGCCAAGAAUGAUCAGGAAGCCUAUGUCAGGGCCUCAGCCUUAAAGUGUCUAUCCAAAAUGGUCAUGAUAAAUGUUAUUUGGGAAAAUGAUUUGAACAACAAUGACUUACUGGAACAUUUAUUCACCGUUUUGUUCAAUGAAAGUGAGGGCAUAGUACGCAAAGAGGCCGUCAAGACCCUGGGCAUUAUCUAUGACAAUCGCAAGAUACCACCACAAUAUAUGGACACCCUCUACUCCACAUUAACACAUUGUCUUCUCUUCGAUCUGCAUUGGGAGGUUAAGGUAGAGGUACUGCAUGUCUGGGGCAUGGAACUCAAACGGCAAUUCACCAAUCAAGGCAUGAUCGAUGGCACUUUCCCCACUGUGACAUUUUCCAAAGAAUACAAGAAAAUUGUCACACUCAACGAAAAAGAAAUCAAAUUGAGAAUCAUGAAGGUGUUCCAUGAACUUUCACAACGUGGCUGUUUGGGGGUGAUGUUGAAAUGUUUGCAAGACGAUUGUGAUUUGGAGGUGUUGAAGACAGCGGUAUGUUUAAUUCACACCCUAUUGGAACAGCUAAAGAAAUAUAAUUUCGAAUCUAUGAUUGAUGAACUGGAGAAAAGCUCCACGACCAGCUCCAAUAAUAGCAGUGCCAAAACCACCCCAGUUUCAAGUCCAACGUCACUGGGGCCCACAGAAGAUUUAAAUAAUGAUCUUUUCGAUUUUGGUGAAAACAAUAACAUUGUUUUCAAGUCACCCCCAACCGCUGCCAAAGCUUCACCCUCAACCUCGCCAGAACAAAACUCCAAAUCCGAUGAAGCAAUCGAUUAUAUUUUAGAAUCACAAGAUAUCAAUUUAUUGGUGGCACAAUAUGAACAAAAAAUGGAUCUUAUGAAUAACGGUAUACCCAUAGAGAAGCCCACGUCCACGAUUGACACAAAUCUGUACAAGGCCUAUACGACGGUGGGUGUGCGAGAGUUUAUGCGUGCCAUAAAAAGUUUAGAUUUAAAAAUGUUAUUGAAAAAUCACAACGACUGGCUAUUGGGCUCAGCGAGCUUUAUAUCACUGUUAGAUGACAUACUAAUUGCCAUUAAAUGCGAAGAUGAAUCCCUGUUCGCUGAUUGUUAUUGAGUACUGGAAAGAAAUAUAUAUUUUUUACAUAUAUGCAAUCUUAUUAUUAUUAUAAUUUUCUUUAUUUUUUAGUUUAUACAAAAAAUGAUGUAUACUUGUAUAAUUUUUAAAUAAAAUGAAAUAUUUUUAAAAUUAAUGAAAAAACAAA